AAUCAUGCUUGCUUUUUAAUUAUCGCAAACUAAAAGAAAAAAAAAAGAAUUAAAGAGAAUUCGAGGAGUUUGAUGAUGAAAAGAGUAUAGUGUUAUAGGCGUAUUACUUAUUUAAACUAAACAUGAAGCAUACGAAUUCAAAAUGGUGUGCGUAGAUCGAAGUAUAUGUGACCGACUUAUAUUAAAUUUGAAGCUUUGGUUUUAGUUUUACGUUGUUUUUCAUCUGCAUUGGCAUUAUCAUUUAUUAAUUUAUUUAAAAACUUUUCAGAAAUCAGAGUACAUGUUACUUAAUCAGCAAAUCAUUAGUUUGAUUGGCAAACCAUUACAGCACACAUAAUAAUUAUUAACAUACUACAUAAGCUGAAUCAAAAAGUCAAAAUUAUUAAUAGAAGAAUACAACGCUAAAGAAGUAAAAAAAAACAAAGCCAAAGUGGCUUCACAACUCAUAAACUAUCAUAAACACUUUUAUUUUUAUUUUUGAACAAAAACCUUGCUGUCUUCUUACCUCACCACUGCUUAGCUACAAUUAAAAUUUAGUUGAGUUUAGCUUAAAUAUUUUAAUUUAAUUAGUUAUUUUCUUGUAAUAAAUAGUGAGUGUCUGGACAAAUUGAGUUUGAGACAGGCUGAGUCAAGUGUCAAAAGUGGAAAGGAAGAAAUUACCAUGGAUAUAAAAUUCAUUAGCCUAUUUUCAUGCCAUUUAAUAGCUCAUUUUCAAUUUUUUAAUGCGAUUUUUAAAACUCUUAAAUUACAAACUAAUUACAGUAUUCUAUUUGUAUAGUCAGUCAAUAGAGAAUAUGUCCUAUUUCCCCCUGAGUGCUCUGUAAACUGUUGCCAAGUGUGAAUAAGGCGCAUCAAAUUGACUAUUAAGACUUAAAGAAAAAAUCACAAUGGAUGCUAGCAUACGAAAAUUAAUUGCCAAAGCUGGCAGCCACCCAGGUAUUUACUAUAAUUCUAAUAUUAUAAUUGAUAAUAAUAUCUAGACAAGUGGUUCUCAACCUUAUUUUGUUCAUGGCACACUAUCCUAUGACAAAGUAGUGAGCUCUAACUGCACCCUAACACAGGAAAACAAGUUAGCAACAAUUUGAGAUGGGACUUAUAUACAAGUUGGUAACCACGUGAGGGCUUUGGCCUAGGGUAUGCACAGUUUGCCUUCAACCCUCAGUUGUUUUUAGGCUUAUAAUUGUAAUGCAAUUAGCCAAGAUAAUAUUGAGUAAAAUUAUUUCAAUACCAGCAAUAUCACAAAGACUCAGAAGUUUCCUGUACACCAAGCUAAUUUUAUGGUACAGUAUUGUGCUGCUGCACACCUUUUGAGAACCACUCAUCUAGAAAUUCUAAUAUCCAGUACUAUUAGAUUAUCCAUAAUUUAAUUAAUUUAAAGAUGAAAAAUUAAUUAAGAUUCAAUCUUAGACUAGAGUAGAGGCUACAAGAGAAUGAAAAAUUAUGCUUAGCCUAUAAAUUUUUAAUCUAAGUCAUAUGACUUAAAAAUUCUGCUCUUUUUACUUUUAUAAUUUAUUUUCUACUAAACAUGAUUAUUGAGAUAUAUCAUUAUCACAAUCUGUUAUUACUAUCAAUAUUAAUUAUUAGCCAUAAAAGAUGUCUUUUCUUUGAAUGUGGAGAAACAUUUAAAUUUUCUAACAUUGAGUUAGGUAUAUGUAGACAACAUAAUUUUUGAGAUAGAGAUAAUACAUAUAGAUUUAACUGUUUUUGUUAUUACUGGAUAUUGUUAUACUUUAGUCAUAGUAAAUCACUACUUAUUCUAAGUAAGUGAAAGUUUAUAAAGUCUACUGGCUUUGCCCUGCAAUGUUUUAAUGUAAAAUGGUUUAAUUUUGUUUUAAAAUUUAUAUUGUACCAAAAAUGUGCUUACCAAGUUACUUAUUAUUUGAUUAGCCAACAAUUUCAUUUAUCCUGUGAAAUUAAAUAAUUUUUAAAAAAUACAGUAAAUUUAUUUAGAAUGUUUCAUUUUUACAGUGGGUGAAAAGAAUCCUGAACUUCAACAGGCAUUUAGCCUAUUGAGAAGUGUUGCAGAAUCAAGACCAGUUAUUGAUGCACCUGAAGCUUUUGGACAAGACCUUUAUGUUUUAUGUGCUGAACUUGCUCUUCAGGUUGGAAAUAAUCUUUAUGUUUCAAGCCUAGUCUUAGUUUUACAGUCAUUGAUGAUUUUUUAUGACAUCUUUAGAUUUAUUUUCAAAUUUUUGCCUUACCUGAAUAAUUAAUUAGAUUUUAGCUAAACAUUCUAAAUAAAUGUAACAAAAAUUUAUAGAACAUAUAUACAUGGCAUUCUUCAUACGCAUAAAUAAUAAUCCUUUGUUAUAUAUUAUUUAUUUUAAAAUUUAAAAUCUACAGCAUGGACAUUUAGAAAUGGCUAAAGAGUGCUUAAAAAUGUUUUCAAUGAAGCAGCCAGCUGCAAAUCAAUUUCUUUGUCGUGCCUACCUCUGCCAUGCUCAAUUACUUGCUCCUAAAGAUUCUAAUGACUUAGUGAGUACUAUCAGGGCUGGGCUGAUCUUUAUUUUAAUAAACAUAAAUAAUAAUAAAUACAUAUAGCCUAUAUAUAAUGUAAGAUAAAAAACAUCUCAUCAUCAUGUCAUGAAAUUCAAUUGAUGAAAUAAUGUUUUUUAAAUAGUCAAUUAAACAGUUAAUCAGAGCCAAUAAAGUUUAAUCUCCAAACUAAGUUAAGCUUCUGAUUAAUUUUAAAUUUCCAACAUAAUAUUAAAAUUAGUGAAAUGAUAAAAAAACAUUUUUGAUUAAGCAUAAAGGAUAAAGCUCUUUAACUAACAGGAAAAACUGGAGAAGGCUAUGGUAUAUGUCACAAAAGCUAUUUCCUUUGCAAAGAACAACCCAAGGUAGGGUACAAGAAUUACAUAAUUUAACUAGUUAUUUCAUUAAUAUAAUUAUAAUUUAGCAGCCAAAACUGCAACUCCAGGAUCAGACUCAUAAGUCAAUAGUUAGUUGUAAAACAAACCCAGAAGCUACAGUAUCAUCUCAUGAAGAUUGGCAGAUGCCAAUAUGGACAUAAUUGUACAAAAACACUCCUUUUUUGCAUAUUUUGAUAUAGAUCAUCAGAAUGAACUUAAGUGGUCAUUUUACAGUAGGUUUAAUAUAAAGCUGUACAGUUGAAUGUAUUUAUAGCAUUAUAAUAUUGCCUCGCGACAUUUUAAAAUUAAUUUUAGUUUUCAUUGUAUUUAUAAAUGUGCUUUGCUAUUUCUUAAAUAUCAUUUUUAUUCUUAGAUAUCACUUUUUGGUCUACAACUCAUCAGUGAUUUACUGGCAACUUUCACGUCCAUUUCUGAAACCUGGAUAUCGUCAAUACUUGGUCCACAGUCUUCAUCAGGUGGUUAAAGCUCUAGAUGAAAUUGAAGACAAAGAUUUUGAAUGGCGUGCCCAGCUAAUGAUGUAAGAAAUAUGUCAAAUAUUUUAAAAUAUUUUAAAUUUACAACUGAAUCUACAGCCAUGUUAUUAUACAUCUUUAAUGUUGUCGGAAUUAUACUUGAAUUUAUUAUGUGAAAUGUGAAAAAUUAUGUUAUUAAUUUUCAAAUUGCUAUUGAUAAAUUUAACAAAAUCAAGUAUUAAAACCAUAUCUAAUAUCUCUGGUUCCAUAGUUUCUAUUAAUUUCACACAAACACUAGCAAUUAGAGGUUUAUAUGUGGGUAAGAAGUAGAAAAACAAAUCGUUUUUAGGUGAUGGGGGCAUAACAGUAAUUCUAUAUAUUGGAGAAGAAUUUGUCAUCAUGUAUUAAAAUACAUAAAUAUGAAUGCUCUAAUGAUUGGCAGAUCACUGAUAGAAUGUCACAUUGAUGCUAACCGCCGAAGUGAUGCUGCAAAUGUAGCCACAGCAGCUGCUUCAUUUAUCAAAACUAAUGUACCAACUCUAUACAAGAAAUUAUUUGGUCUCAUGGUAGUGUAUAAAUAGUGAUAUGAUUGGUAAUUUUGCUCCAACAAUAAUUGAAAAAAAAAGUGGAAAUGCAUAAUGUUAUUGAAGAAAUCAAUUUUUAAAAAAAGAAGUAAAUCAGUCAAGGUAAAAAAAAAAUAUAUAUAUAAUAAUCUAAAUUAUCUAAUUAAUAAUUUCUUUCAAAAUUACAGUCUAAUGUAAUUUUAUUAGCAUGUAACAAAGUAAAUUUAUAAUUAUUUAAAAGUAUCUUUAAAAUUUUUGUAAAAUGUUAUACAUUUUAGCCAUCCUAUUUAACCCAAGGAUCCAUCUUAACAUAAUACUAAUUAUGCUUCCAGGUUAGAUAUCAACUGUGUGACUUAACAAAAAUCCAGAAAGAAACUAAGUCUUCCCCUGAACUAAAUGCCUUUUACAAGAUCUGCAAACUAAAGAAGUAGGUCUUACAAACUUUAAAUGGUGUCUUUCUUGUAUGUUUUGUGUGUAAAAGUGUAUCUGCUGAUUGUAUAUAUUAAUAAUUUGACUCCCAUAAUUCAUCAUCUAAAAAAUGUAAUAUAUUUAAACCAAAACACAACAACACACAUUUAAAAUAAAUUUGUAUUUAAGGAAAUAUAAAAAACUCAGUAAUUUAUUUUGGGUGCUGAUAGUAUCACAGAGAUUUCAAAAUUUGUUAAAUUAAUAACCACCAAAAAGUGUUCACAGUCAGAUUCAUCCAGUGUAGCCAGGAGCUGCUCCCAGACAAGUUAUGUGCAACCGUCAACCUAAUUUCAUCAACAUUUUUAAUGUAGCUAUUUGUGAACUUAAAUGUUAUGUAUUUUUAAGAAAAAAAAUUGAAUGUAUUCCUUGAGAAUUCUAAAAAUUUCUAAAUGUGAUUCUUUAAAAAAAUGAGGGUCAGUAUCUCUCCAGGCCUACCAGGAUCAUUUGAGGGAAGUUAUUGCAUUUAAAAAGUGACCAGGCAGGUCCAUUAUCUGGACCAGGCAUGUCCAUUACCUGUCAAGUUUCUCAGGAAUAUGUUAAGAUGAAACUGAAUACAAGAGAUUACCAUAUUAUACCGUUGACAGCAAAGUAAAGUAACAGUUUGAAAGCAGAAAAAAAUAAUAAAAGAAUGGAGGGUAUCAUUAUCCUAUUAGCUAUAUGUCAAUAAAUUUGUGUGCUUUUUAUGACAAUCUUUUCUGAAAAAUGACACAGUUGUGAACAUGAACUCUCUGAAACUGCCCCAUCCCUGAAACUAUACACUCCCCUAAACUGCCCCAUCCCUGAAACUAUACACUCCCCUAAACUGCCCCAUCCCUGAAACUAUACACUUCCCUAAACUGCCCCAUCCCUGAAACUGCCAAGGUGCUGUAACAAGAAAUAUUUUAAUUUAAUCAUUCAUAAAUGCUACCUUUUCAUUUUCAUUCUUUUAGCUUCAACAAUUUAAUUUGAUUUCAAAUUUAAUUAAAUCAUUCAAGUUUGUUUCUAAUAACAACUGAGACAAAUCAUCCUGUCUUUUUGCAUGCUUUCUUUAGUUUGUUAAAUCCUCCAGUGGAUCUUUUUGUUGAAGAAAUUUCUGCAAGUCCUCCCUCUGAGCAAGAAAUGUCAUUAGAGGAACAAACUUUUCAAAGUUCUACGUAAACAUUGUGAAACCUUACCAAAAAAAUUUAUUAAUUCUAUUUGGCUUUCUUAGUUUUAUUUUCAAUUUUCUCUAAAAUUAAAUUAACGUUAAAAUUUUAACAAUAGUUGAUACUUUACUUUUAAAAGAAAAUAUAAAAGCAUACUUUCUUUUAUUUUUACUAAAGGAAAAUGGGCUUCAUUUCAUAUAUGCUCUUAUCUAAUACAAUUGUUGAAAAUUAAUGAUGAAACGCUUGAUAUAUAUAUGAAAGGUUUAAUACAUAUACUGACUUAUGCCUUAAGUUAAACUUUUCUUUUUAUAAAUCUUUUCAGAUCAAAUUUGAUCUGUUUCUUUAAAAAUGUUUACUCCUUUUUAAAAAUUAUUAUUAUAACUUAAAAUCAAUGCAUAUUAUAUAAAUUAACAUGAUCUUUUUAUUUCAGUAGCUCUCAAAUUAAUGUUAAUAAAAAAAAGGGGAUUAAUAUUGAUAUAUUUUCCACUUUCUUGGUUAUGAAUGUAGGCCUAAGGGUGCUGGGUCCAUCCAUUAACAACAUCACACUAUUUUGCCCAAUUUUAAUAUAAAUUAACAUGAUUUUUUUAUUUCAGUAGCUCUCAAAUUAAUCUUAAUAAAAAACGGUAUUCAUAUUGAUAUAUUUUCCACUUUCUUGGUUAUGAAUGUAGGCUUAAGGGUGCAGGGUCCAUCCAUUGACAACAUCACACUAUUUUGGCCAAUUUUGCCCCCGCAACCCCCUUUUCUUCCCACAUCAUCACAAAUUUGUCAAACAAUAUAGAUAGAUGUACAAAUGUAUACCCUUAACUUAAGUUAACUUUUUUUCAAAUAUAAUAAAUGGAUUAUUGUUUUAAAAGCACAGAAUAAUAAUAUUUUUGUACACAAACUUCUCUAAAUAUCUUUGAUAAAUCUGAAAUUAUAAUUUGUAAAUCCUAUUUUAAUGUAUUCAAAUAGUUAGUAAAAUAGUUAACAAUGCAUUUAAAAUCAGAGAGCAUAUGACAAUUAUAUAAAUAUAUUUUAAUUUAAUUUCAUUAGUUUUUUCCAUCUAUAAAAUGAAGGGUUAAAACACCAUAUACCUUCAAAUUUCUGUAAAAAAAAAAAAAAUCAAUUAAAAUUACUUUUCAAACUUCAGCAUUCUGGAACAAGAGGAAGUUAUUACAGAUUACUCCACUGAGAUUGAAAGCAUUUUGAAUCUGUUAGAUAAUGCAAAAUCACUGGUAGAACCUCCGAAAUCAGAUAUAUUUGUAUCGAAACCUGAGAGGCGCAAAAGUGAAUUGUGAGUAAUUGCCUUGCACUUAUUAAUCUAACAAUUUCUAAAUAUUCUAAUAAGAAAUUUUAGUUUUGCUUAUUUUUAAUUUCCAUUUCAUUUAGACAAUUAUAUCUUUUUCUAGGCAUUUCACAUAGAUAUGUAGGCAUAUGUUGUUUUUUCUUUUUUUUUUUAUCCCUUUUUUCCAUAGUAGAAAUAGUCAAAUAGGCCUAUGUAAUUUUGGCAAUAAUUUGCUGACUUGAACCCUAUGUGUUCAAUUAUUUAAUGUAAACAUAAAUUUAGAGGUUCAAUUAAAAUUAAAAUUUUAUAAUCUCAUUUAAAGUGGCAGAUCAGAGUUUGAAUAAAACAAAACUACCCAUAUAAUUAUGGUCAAAGGGUUAAGAAUUGAAGAAUUACAACACCAUUUAGGGUGUCCCAUUUGCUUUAAGUUCUCAUAUGUAUUCUGAAUAGAUUGUAGGCUAUAAAGAGUUUUAAGAUUAUUUUAAAUUUUAAGUUCCCAAAUAUUUUGAUUCAAUAUACAUUUUUAUUAAACACCUGAAACAUGGAGUCUCAUGUAAAAGAACAAAUAUAACCAAGGAAGAAAUAAGGUAAAACCUUCGCCAAGAUUCUUCACCCUUUUUGUGCCUUGGACACUUUAGGCAAUCUAUUUGUAUUAACGUUAUACAAAAUGAAUGGCAGAUUCCUGUGCCCUCUAUCCCAGAUUGAGGCACUGACUAGCUGAAAAUAAAUUAAUAAAUUUUGUAGAAAAAAAAAAAAAAGAAAACCUGGAAAUAAUGCCUCUGAUAAUUUUCUUAAAAGUAUGUACUUUUAAAAUAGCAAGUUGUAGCUCUCUUUUAUUUUGGUAUGUCCUGAUUUUUAAUGUGGUAUUACUUGAUUUGGAUUCUUCUCUAAAAUCUACACAAAAAUUUGCUUAUGUGUUUUGUCAUGAUGUAAUGAUUUUAGUUUUGAUUUUUUAAAUGUAAAUUUUUUAUUUUAUAAUUUAAAAAUAAAAAAAGAAUUGACUUAUUAACUCUGAUAAAAACUCUAAUAGGAAAACACCUCCACAAGUAAAGAAGUUUUCAUCAACAAUUUCAGAUAAGUUAGUUACUUUGCCAUUUUAA